AUGGAUGCAACGCAGUCUACGUUGUCAUCAGAAUCGUCUACCGGACCUCAUGUCAACGACAUGGCAGCGGGCUUUUCUACCGGCACCACCGAACUUCUCGACAACAGGGUACAAAAGAAUAACGGCGUGUACUACCGACGCCAAGUGUCACCGAACAGACUGCACGCCGAACGGCUGCUGCUUCUGCAGGUGGGUCGACCAAUCUUUCUCCGCCCCUACCCCUCAGGGACUACGGAAAGCACCACCACCAAGUUUGCGGACGAUGGCAAGAUUGUGUUGGUUCCGAGCUGUGAAGACUCGCACGGGUCGGGAGCUUCAGGCAUUCCAUGCAAGUCGGUAGAGUCCAGUCCAGUCAAGCAGUCUCCUAACAGCGCAACACCUGAUGCGAGUCCAGGCAUGCCCACUUCGUCAACUCUUCAGGAACUUGGUUCCAGUUUACACGAUCCAGAAGGCUCUGCUACGGCAACACUUAAAUCACCAAAACGGGAGGAGGGGAGAGUUGCAGUAGAUGUGGUGGACUCUGCCUCGAGGCCGACCCAGGAGAGGCCCGCGAACUCACCAGUGACAUCAUCGUUGAGCAAUGGCUUUCUUCACCACGCCGAGGCCACUGCCGUCCUGGAAGUCGAGAGGGCUGCUGGUCCUCAAACUCCAUAUAGGGACAGCAUUUUCGAACCGCUUCAAAAUGGGAAGUUGCCUGAACAGCCGGCACGUGCGGGCUUCUUUACUCACUCCAGUGACGCGAAACUUUCAUCAGAGUCGCCCGCCGUGAGGCCGGCUACUACUCCUCCAGAGUCACCGAGAGAAAACGGAAAACCAUGCUGCAACGGGAGACAGGAAAUACGGACGCUAGUCGCUAGCCCAGCCGUCGUCGGGAGUAGUCCGGCAGCUCGGUCUAGUGUGGCGUCACCCGAUACAGUGUUGGGGACAGCUGGUAGGAAGCACUGUGUUCCCAAUGGGGACGAAGGAGGCGCAGCUGCUUCGGACGGUGCGGUCCAGGAGAAUGGCUGGGCACGAAGGGGUCGCUCUAGCCACUCCGAAUGCAACGGUCUCGACCGUCGCACCAUCGUGCUGAGUAGCAGCAGCGGAAGCAGCAGUGGCUCCACCGAGGGGCCCGACAGUCCCCUACCCGGAGAGGUCCUUGGCUCUGGGGUCCGUUGGAGUGGCGGGGGCCGCAGCGUCUCCGAGGUCAAGGAGCUGGCCUAUGCACGCCUGCAGGCGGAGCUGUCACGAGCGCAGCAGGAGCUGCGCCUUCGCGACGAGGAAGUUGCCCGCCUGAGCCAGAUUCGAGACCAGGUGGGCGCCGAGCUCGAGGAGCUCACUGCCAGCCUGUUCGAGGAAGCAAACAACAUGGUCCGGGAAGCCAACAUGAAGCAAGCAGCAGCUGAGAAGCGUCUUCAGGAAGCUACUCUGAAGGUCGAAGUGUUGCAAGCAGAGGUGAGCGCCCUCAAGGCUCUCGUGCUCACGUCGACACCCAGCCGGCCCAACGCACACCUGCACCCACAGCUCAGUCGGCACCGGCAUCGGCGCUCACCCUCCAACUACGAGCUGGCCACGUGUCGACCACCGUCCCCUCCCAGUCAGCAGGUGUCCCAACAGCAACAGCAGCAGUCCCAGUCUGGACAGCCAGGCAGCGACGGAGCGAGCCCCGACUUCUCGGAGGUUGAUCCGGUUUGCCACCGGGAGUUCCUCCGGUGGCAGGAGAAGCCUUGCAUAACGGAUCGGGAAGACAUGUUUGUGUCGCGGCUGUACCGGGAGGACGUACUGCCGUGCCUGCACUUUCCGAACUGCCAGCUGGCUGCGCAGGUGCUGCGUGCCAUUGAGGAGAAUAGCAUCACCAUCGAGGCAGUCAAUGCGGCGAAUCCUUUUCCCCGGCGCUGCUCUCUGCUGGAGGCGUCGCGUGUUUGCCAGUACCGCAUGCGACUGGGCGACUCUGGCUCGGCCUGGUACCACAUCUCGCAGCUGUGCCGAAAUCGGAUAACGUCGGUAUGCGACCUCUUCUGCUAUUUGCGUUACAUACAGCAGGGCCUCGUUCGCAGCAGCUCCCAAGAGAUGUAUUGGGAGGUGAUGCGGCGAAGGCGCUCCAUUGCGCUGGCGCGCCUGGGUCUACCACCUUGCUGAAGCUGCAGCCCGGCUGCGCGUCUCGAGUGCUGUACAUAGGACCAAUUUUAGAGACUCCUGCAAACACCUACACAGCGUGCGGGCUUGUCCCGCACGCUGCUCGUGGCGGACAGGCCCGGCGUGAUCCUCCUGGAAUUGCCUGCGCACGCACUCAGUGCGUGUCUAUUUACGUGUACAUAUAUGUAUGUAUGUGUCUUAAGUACGUGAAUCUAUUGUGUAUAUUUGGAGUGCAUGUAUUGUGCAGGUGCGUCAUGUAUUUAGCGGGAUUACGAGAGCUUUAGAUGCAGGUGUACACGUGUAAACGUGCUGCUAAUAGAAUAUGCCUAAUCACGGUCAUUUUUAAUUGAAAACCACAUUGAUGUUAUGGCAGUGUAUUGUCGCAGCCGUAGACUCGCUGUGUAAAAGAAACGAUAGAUGAAAGCACGUAGUAUAUAAGACUUGACGAAAAAGGUAUCCGGUGUUUAUACAAUCGGAUACGCUUAUUUUUAACUAAUGUAAUCCUGUAUACUGUUUCGGUGAAUAGAUUUCUACGCAUGCGCACGAUGUGUAACCAUUUGGCGAAAAAUGUAGUUUAUUGUGCGAAUUUCAAGUGAUGACCACAAUCAGUGUUACAUCUCGCCUAUGCUGCUUUGUAAUAGUGUUUACGUGUUUGAAUAGCUGAUGUAUGUGAAGGACUGGAUAUUCAAGAAAGGCCACACAGCCCCAACAUGGAACUCUUUGUGAUGAACGUGAAAAUUAGAAUUCACUGCAUCUAGUAGUAUUUAUUCAAAGGAUUAAACUAUGAAAAGACUGUCACUCCAGCUUUCUGGUACAUUCAGAUUUCCGAAGCAAAAGUGCGAAUUUCGUUGCGGACAGUGAGCUAGGCAUUAUGCAUUUCAUCCCGCAGAAGUGUCCCCGCGGCGAUGCGUCGAGCAUGUACGUCUAGUAUUCGCACCUUGAUAGAGAUAUUACUUCAGCAGCAAUUUUUUAUCUUUUUGUUCACCUUCUCUUCUGACCAUGAUCUUAAUCUAAAGGUAUGCAUUGCGCUGGGAGGCAAAGUUUGAGAACCUUGUGUUGUGAUAUGUCGGUGGUAGCAGUAAUGAUUAGAAAAAUAUUUUUAAGAGUAAUUAUUUACAAUGUUUUAAAAGAGCAUUAAUUAGACAUUUUAGAGAUUUAUUAUUUACAUAAUUUUACACCGCGUUUCUUCAAAAUGAAGAAACGGCUCACUUUUAUUAUUUUUACCCCGCUUUUGUUUGUGCUGUACAUUCAAACGCUACAUUUGGAGCACAUUUUAUUCUGAUGUUUGUUUAUUUGCCUUUGAGCGAGGCUCCUUUUAUGUGCGACUUUUUUCACAUGACACGUAUUACACGUCACGCUCAUUACACUUAACGAUUGCACGCUGUUGCCCAUGUCGAACGUUCCCAUGUCUGCUUUUGUUGGUAUUUGUAAGUGAGAAAGCACUACUGUUAGUCGCACUGUGCAGAUGGAAUUUUUCGCAUUAAUAGCUACAAAUUUAUGUUCAAGUGCACUCAACAAUGCCUAUUCAGUCAUCGCAUUGCUGGAAUGCAUGUAUCUGUUGCUUGCAAGAGUUGCUAUUGCAUUUAAAAAGAGCAAUGUUACCUGAAAUUACUACAAAAUUCAGAUGACGGAUGUCAGAAUCAUAAUAAUUGGCAGUGAUAGCACUGCUGCUGUGUACAGCCACUGGAAGAAGCUGAGGGCUACACUCAAAUGAGAGAAGGGAGGCAGCAUGAAGAUGGAAAUUAGUAAUAAUGAGAGGCGUCAGAGCGGAGAGCUCCAGAAAUCUUCACCAGCUAAGAUUCUUUAAGGUGCAUCCAAAUCUAAGUAUUAUAUGAGCCUCGAGCAUUUUUCGGCACCUCCACUGAAAAUGCAGCCGCCGCGGCAGAGAUUCGAAUCCAGUGACCAGCGGGGCGACUGUCUUGCACCAUAACCACUUGAUCACUGCGUCGAGUUGUGGCGAAAAUUGCCCCAGUUAUAAGCUAAGCUCCCUCUAUUGGUUGAAAAUGGUCUAUAGAAAUGUCGCCAGUAUUUAUUUCAUCACUGAUAAUUCUUUAUAUAAAGGUUUGAGUGUAUACUCAAGCCUCAAUGUAACAAAGUUGCAUCUAGCAAGAAAAUGAGUUUGCUAUAGUCACAAAUUUGUUAUAAAUGCUAUUCCUAACACUUUAACUAUUAUAAGACUAUUGUUCAUUUACUUCAUUAUAACUGAUAUUUCCUUAUAUCCGUGUUCGUUAUAUUGAAGUUUGAGUGUAUCUAGAGUUGGUCUAGAAUUAUAUGCAGUUCAACCUGGAUAUAACGAAAUUGAUGAAUUCCUGGAAAAAUUCGUUGUGAAGAGCGAUUUUUUUAUAUGCAGGCUCAGUACGAAAAUUUGGAAAAUGAAUGCGCAAAUUAAGCAAAAGAGGGAUUGAAGGCAGAGCUAAUCCAAAACACUCUUUUUACAGUAAAAGAAUAUCUUAUUAUUGCGAUAACAAUUAUAUGGACACUCUCGGCAGUUUUUUUGCCAUCGCCGCAAUGUUCCGUAACAAGUACAAAUUGAUAACAUGCUCCCGCGCAUAUUAUUUUCAGAGCGGGUAAAACCGCACAAGCGGUGUUGAAGCAAAGAUCGAAUGAGGUGGCCCACCCCUACUGACUGGAAAGCGCACAAGAUAACAUCUCUCGCGUGUCAGAACUGCCGUCGAAUGCUCAAACAGAAAGUAGACGACCUGUCUUGAACGAGCAUGAAACAACGCGGGGAGCGGGGGUCGCUAGAGUAGCUACAAUGAACUUGUAUUUUAAGGCAGUUGCGAUCACUUGCACGCUUGCUAUCUCGGCGAGUAUCAGUGAGGUUUUAAUGCGAAGGGACUGUAUAAAAAGAGCACUUCUCUCUGAAGCGGCCAU